AUGGGAGAGAAUUGGGCGCUUGGCCGGUUGGGAGCGUAUGCCAACAUUUGGGAGCCCCGCUUGUCCGCGCAGACGACGACCCUGGACGCCCAAUCUUCCGCCAUCUCCCUCAUACCCACUGCCUCGGAGAUGGAAGCCCGGCCUCCAACAGGACUCGACCGGCGCAGAUGGAUCAAGAUGGAGGUUGUGUCCGUGUUGGAGAUCAACGAUGACGUUGUUGGCAUACAGGUGUCGGUGCCAGGAGGAGGAAAGGUCGAGCUCCCAGUCACCUCCCACAUAAUGAUUCGGGGCAGAGACCCGCAAACAUCCAAGAACGUGGUUCGGAGUUUCACGCCCAUCAUUCCGGACCAGGUCGAAUGCCCCGGCAUCAUGUAUUUGGUCAUCAAAUGCUACGCUGACGGCCGCAUGAGCAGGUACAUAAGGACGCUGCGCGAAGGGGGGGAAAUUGAAAUCAAGGGGCCCGUUCGCUCCCUGAAGUACUUCAAGGGAAAGUAUCAGCGAAUCGUCCUGAUCGGCGGGGGGAGCGGCAUCACGCCCCUGUGGCAAGUGGCAGAGGCGAUCAUUAAAGAUCCAGAGGAUGAGACCAGGAUAUGCCUCAUUUACCAAAAUCGGUUCGAAAAGGACAUAUUGAUGAGGUCGGAGCUGGACGAAAUGGCGGCACAGCACCCCAAGAAAAUCAGGGUGCUGUACAUGCUGUCCAAGCCGCCGGAGGGCUGGCCGGGCGGGAAGGGGCGGCUGGACCGCGCGGUGCUGCAGUCGCAGCUGCCGCCGGCGGAGCUUCCGGGCAGCGUCAUCAUGAUCUGCGGCCCGCCUGGAAUGAUCGACUCCCUGGCGGGGCCCAUGGACGAGGAAACUCGAGUGCGGGACGGGGGACUCCUGCACCAAAUGGGCUUCUCCGGGGAGCAAAUACACGUGUUCGAAUGA